GUCUUUCAGGUCCUCGGCUUCUUCAGUGACACAACAGAACAAGUUCGGAGUGCCGAGCUACACCAUACAUUUCUUCUGAAGAUGAUCCGAAAAUUUGCACAAAGGCAUCGGCAAGACCUUGUCGAUGACUCCGCCAACGACUGGACGCAUUGGGCUUUUAUCGAAACACUUCGCCGCACUAUAUUCCUCGUUCAAAUUAUCAACGUUAUAUCCACCCGCUUGCAGAAGCAAAAUCCUUUCUUUUAUGAGGCACUGGAUGAUGAUCUAGUUCUCGACAUGCCCUUACCCGCUGCUGCGCCGCUAUGGGAAGCCAAUCAGGAACAGCAAUGGCUAUUUGUACGAAGCAAACAGCCACGAAGACACUUGACUGGCAGAAUGGUACAGCAGGAUUACACGAGCAUACCCAACGAUGCGGACACUUUCACGAUGAUGGUGAUUGGUUCUUUAGUCUUAGACAAUCUCUCCGGCAUACCGGCCUUGUGAUGCUUUGUAGGUUCUGGAGGUGUCAUCAUUCGUUUUCACGUCAAGACAGCAUAGUGAAUUUGGGCACUCAAUAUUGUGUUUCAUUUCUCGCAAGGUGUUGAACUACGAAUAACUCAUUGGCGCUCCUGAGCACAGCGUGGUAGGAACUAGAAUGAGUACACGAACCUCAACACCAAGAUAACACGACACACG